AUGCACACAGCUCUAGUUUCUGGUUGGGCUGGCUCAAUGGCUUUAUACGAAUUAGCAGUUUUUGAUCCCUCUGAUCCUGUUCUGGAUCCAAUGUGGAGACAAGGUAUGUUCGCAAUUCCCUUCAUGACUCGUUUAGGAAUAACGGAUUCGUGGGGUGGUUGGAGUAUUUCAGGAGGAACUGUAACAAAUCCGGGUAUUUGGAGUUAUGAAGGUGUGGCAGGGGUGGCUUGCUUUGGCUUUGGGGCAUUUCAUGUAACGGGUUUGUAUGGUCCUGGGAUAUGGGUAUCUGAUCCUUAUGGACUAACUGGAAAAGUACAAGUUGUAAAUCCAGCGUGGGGUGCAGAAGGUUUUGAUCCUUUUGUUCCGGGGGGAAUAGCUUCUCAUCAUAUUGCUGCGGCUUUCGUAGUUGCUGGAACUAUGUGGUAUGGGUCAGCAACGACCCCAAUCGAAUUAUUUGGGCCUACUCGUUAUCAGUGGGAUCAGGGAUACUUUCAGCAAGAAAUAUAUCGAAGAGUUAGCAAUGGUUUAGCCGAAAAUCUUAGUUUAUCAGAAGCUUGGUCUAAAAUUCCCGAAAAAUUAGCCUUUUAUGAUUAUAUUGGUAAUAAUCUGGCAAAAGGGGGAUUAUUCAGAGCAGGCUCAAUGGACAAUGGGGAUGGAAUAGUUGUUGGAUGGUUAGGACAUCCCAUCUUUAGAGAUAAAGAAGAACGUGAGCUUUUUGUACGCCGUAUGCCUACUUUUUUUGAAACAUUUCUGGUUGUUUUGGUAGAUGAGGAGGGAAUUGUUAGAGCAGACGUUCCUUUUAGAAGAGCAGAAUCCAAAUAUAGUGUUGAACAAGUAGGCGUAACGGUGGAGUUCUAUGGUGGCGAACUUAAUGGAGUAAGUUAUUCUGAUCCUGCUACUGUAAAAAAAUAUGCGAGGCGUUCUCAAUUAGGGGAAAUUUUUGAAUUAGACCUGGCUACUUUGAAACCUGAUGGUGUUUUUCGCAGCAGUCCAAGGGGUUGGUUCACUUUUGGUCAUGCUACCUUUGCUUUGCUCUUCUUUUUCGAACACAUUUGGCAUGGCGCUAGAACAUUGUUCCGAGAUGUUUUUGCUGGUAUUGACCCAGAUUUGGAUGCUCAAGUGGAAUUUGGAACAUUCCACAAAGUGGGAGAUCCAACUACAAGGAAACAGGCAGCCUGA